AGUCUCGCCCCUCUCAGGCCCGCGUCUCUGGGUAGGGUCUGGCGUGGGGAUCAGCCGGGAUGGGCUGCGCGUCUCCAGCCUCCGCAGACACAUUGGCGGGUGGGGUGCAGGGAGGGAGAGACAGGGGAGAGAGAAUGGCAUCUCGCGUGGAGGGCUGUCGUUUGAACUCUCCCAGCGCGAGAGACCCUGCCCCGCCCCCUUCCUGGAGCGUUGACCCCCUUCUCGUCUCGAGGCCUGUGGCGUCUGGGUCCGUUGGGGCAGAACCAUGGAGGAAAAGCCUUCGAAAGUGUCGCUUAAGUCUUCCGACCGCCGAGGCUCGGACAAGGAGAUCGUGCACAGCGACACUCGGGACCUGUGGAUCACGACCACGCUGUCCCAGGCACAGCUGAACAUGCCACUGUCCGAGGUCUGCGAGGGCUUCGACGAGGAGGGCCGCAUCAUUAACAAGACCCCGCGCCCGGGGUGCGGCUCGUUGGACGAGGGGUACAAGGCCAGCCACAAGCCGGAGGAACUGGACGAGCACGCGCUGGUGGAGCUGGAGUUGCACCGUGACAGCUCCAUGGAAAUCAAUCUGGGGGAGAAGGACACCGCAUCCCAGAUCGAGGCCGAAAAGUCUUCCUCAAUGUCAUCGCUCAAUAUUGCGAAGCACAUGCCCCAUCGAGCCUACUGGGCAGAGCAGCAGAGCAGGCUGCCACUGCCCCUGAUGGAACUCAUGGAGAAUGAAGCUCUGGAAAUCCUCACCAAAGCCCUCCGGAGCUACCAGUUAGGGAUCGGCAGGGACCACUUCCUGACUAAGGAGCUGCAGCGAUACAUCCAGGGGCUCAAGAAGCGCCGGAGCAAGAGGCUGUACGUGAAUUAAAAACGCCACCUUGGGGUCGAGCAACGACCCGAACCAGCCCCGUGCCUGCCCGGUCCCCAGACCCAAGGCCGACCCCAUCCGAGUGGAAUUUGAGUCCUAAAGAAAUAAAAGAGUCGAUGCAUGGG